AAAGGAAUUUUUGACUUAACAGCUGUGUUUGGAAUGGUAGGAAGGUAAACGUACUAAAAGUCCUCAGUCCUCCGAGGUGAACGGGGAGGUGCCGUUUUAUGGUUUCUCGCUUAUAUCUCAAAAACGGUGCGUGUUACGAAAAAAUGUUCAGGUGUGAAAUUAAAGCUUAUAAACAGACCUACAGAUUGGUUUUUCGUUUUUUUUUCUAUCUUAAAUAGUUUUCAAACAAUUGUUUGUCCCCUUUGCACCAUGGUGCCAAGUUUACAGCAAAAGUUGAUUGUGUGAAGAUUGUGUGAAUGUGAUCUCACUCAGUCACUCCCUAGGAAAGUGGGGUUACGUUCACUUCUUGCAUGAAAAUGUAUCCUUGCUAUUUUAUAUUGUGGUUGUGAGCACACAGGAUAGCCGCUGCGAUGAUGUAUAUUCACCGGCUCUACGCACCGUGGUCUAGUUCCCAUCGUGAAAAAGCCUACGACCCAUUGCAAGAGCCACUCUUGGGUCCAAGGUUGAAAAUGGCCGAUUCAGCUUUGAAUCUGACACCUGAUGACGACGGCGACAACGACGAAACCACUACUCUGCAGUCUCUUACAUCAGCAGGAAUCACUCCACCCACGAAAACAAUGGACAGUCGCAAAAAACCUACAUCACAACAAGCCGCAUUCUCCACAUUUUUUCAACAUUUAACAACAACAGCUCAUGCUUGCAUCCUCCUAUACGUAAUUUUGAUAAUUUAUUUCAGUUUUUCAGCAGAUUUUCAGUUCUUUACGUGGCAUCCACUUCUUUUGUCAGUGGGAUGGAUGUUCUUGAUGACUGAGGCUAUUUUGUCGCUUUCAAAAGAAAAUCUUUUCACGGGGACGUUACCAAAGGGUAUUAGAGUACGCCUCCAUUGGAUUUUUCAAACUAUCGCCUGUAUUUUAAUAACGAUAGGGUUUGUGGUGGUUUAUAUCAACAAGGAUUACCUAAAUAAGCAACAUUUUAUGACGUGGCAUGGGCUUUUAGGGCUGAUUGGGCUUAUUUUUUGUAUCCCAAGUUGUCUCAACGGUAUUGCCGCACUCUACCAUGGGAGUUUGAGACAACUUGUUAGACCUAAAAUCAUUAAAUUCGUACAUAUUUUAAGUGGAAUUGUUAGUUUUGGUUUUGGGGGGGCUGCACUGAUUUUAAGUGUUUACACGAAAUGGUUUGAGAGGCAUUCCAAUGGAAAUAUUGUUACUUUUCUGUUAGGUUUAGCUUUCGUUUCAAUAGCCGUAGUGUGGACUCUUGUACGACCUGUGAUAACUUGCUGUAGACAAUUGAAGCAUCUAAUGUAAUUGUUUACAGUUUCCUAUAAUUAUUAAGCAAAGAAAUGGCAUUUUUGUAUUCAAAUUUACAAAUCGAACCAAUGUAUUGUGUGAUAACGUUUAUACAUAUCUUACUGUACUUAUACAAACAUUUAUUUUAAUAAAAAGUAAGUAGUGA